GCGGAGUAAAAUGGGUAAAUGGCGUUCUGUAAAAUUACGAAAAUUAACCUUAUUGUUUGUCGAUAUUUACGAGUUUAUCCUUUGGGCCUAUCAGCUAAUUGGGUCGAAACUAGGCCGCUUGUCACGCCACCGUUUCGAUAGAGUUGAUGUCGUUGAGUCAGAGUGGGAUGCCGUUUAGCAGCUGUAAAAACCUUAUAUAACCAUCCAAGUUUGAACAAUCACGGAAGAUUUGCAACCAAUUGAGAGCCAAAACAUGUCUUCUUUCUCAGUUCUCCAUAGCCAUCUAAUUCGGUUAUCAGCUGCAAUACUGGACUCUGUUUCCAGAAUAAACUACAAACCACCUGAAGGUACAAAUGUCUCAACGAAAUCCAUACUCGAAUCUCUUCUCUCUAACCCUCAAACCACUGAAACCUUAAUCCACAAUUCAAUUAAGGACUUCGCUUUAGCAUGUGCAUUGUUGUCGUCCUCUCAAACCUCGACCCAUGAAUUGCUUUCAUGGAUACCCAAUGAGCUUUCUGUUAUGGCGACUGCAGCUUUUAUGGAGCUCUCUAAAGCUUAUUGUGGGAGCAGCUUUGGGGAUAGAAAUGAGAGGAGAGUUAGUGAGCUGUUAGGAUUGGAUUGUGGUUCGGUGAGUGAAGAGAAGAGGUUAGUGGUGGAAUUGAUGCCUGAGGUUUUGCCUUUGUUGAAAGAGAAUAUUAAAGAGAGUUGUAUUGAUAAGGAUGCUGAUGGAGAUGAGGUUUCUGCUGCUUCAGCUAGAGCUCCUGUUGGGUAUGCCAUUUUGGCUGCCUAUCAGUUUAGAUGGUUUGUUACUCAGGUUGAUUAUCCGCAUUUGGGAAGGUUAUCUAAUUUGGUGAUUCCUUGUGGGUUGACUGCACUUGAUCACUGGUCACCGGAGGUGAAAGGACAAGGCAUGAUUAGUUUCAUACAUCUUGCAAAAAAUUUGAGUGCUGCUGAGUUUGGUUGGUAUGAAGAUGUGAUUCUUGAUGCAUGUUGUCAGAAUAUUGCUUCUGCUGAUGAGAUCUGGCAUCAUGUAGUUGAGAUGUCAGUGCUUUUAGUGACUAAUAUCCAGUGCAAUAAUCCUCGUAGUCCUUGGUUUGAGAGGAUACUCAAUGAGAUGUUAGGACACUUGGAGCGCCAACCAAGGAAUAAGGAUCGCCGUGUUGCAUGGCUUACAUUCAUAGAACCAUUUUUUCAUGCUGUUGGUCUUGUGUUAUUAGCUCAUUUUAGGAGGAUUUUUCCACUUUUCUUUCAGUGGAUGCAUGCUGAUGACAAUGAAACUGUUCUGCUGGUUCUCAAACGAGUCCAAACAGUUCUAAAACUGACAUGGAUAAGGAACACGCCUUAUAUUGAAAGAUUAGCGGAUGAACUUGUUGUUCUACAUAAGGAAGCAGCGUUAAAACCAGCUCGUGAAGAAAUUAGAAGAGAAGUCCUUGAGAUACUGAUCUUGCUUCAUCAAUGCAAGGGCUUGCAAUUUGAAGCGACAUGGGACAAGCACAGGAAUGAUCCAAAUUUGACGACUCUUAGUUUAUCAUAGAGGUGUUUUUUUUUUUUGGUUCUGGUUACUUAUCAGAAUGAUUAUGAAAUAUUAUCCUGCUGGUUUAAUUGUUGUUAUUUUAUAAUUCUAAAUAUUUUUUA